CCGCCAAGCGUACUCAUUCUGAAACAGGCUCCCGUGGUGAAUACACAAAGUACGCGAAAAUACUAUAUUUACGACAAUACACAAAUCAAAAACGGGUUGGAAAAGCAGAGUACCAAUAUUAACGUACUUCGAUCGAUCAACCUGAAAAUCACUAUUCAAAAAUUUUUCAAAUAAAUAAACCCGCGUUUUUAUUUUAUACUUUUGUAAUUUAAAUAGUGCGCGUUCCGGUUUAUCACAACUGUGACCCGUUAAUUUAUUUAUUUAUUCUUUGCCAUAAACUGUUUUACUUAUCGGUAAUUGUUUAUUGUUUAUUGUUAUAUAUUUAAUAGCAAUAGCAAUAACAGUAACAUUAUUCAAAAAUUAGUGAAUAAUAAAACCGAGUGCCUGUGAAAUUUGAAUACAAAUAAUUAUAAUAAGUAUCAAAAAAAGGCUUGAGUGCAUUACGGAUUAUCGAGAUGGCGUUUAUGAUGCCCGUUGUCAAAAAUGAGUGGGAUAUUUACAAGACCAACCGGAGUAGAAGGUCCUCUGAAUGUUCUAAUCCUCAGGCAUGUCGUAGUCGGAAGGUAUCGGAAUGUUCAAAAUCCGAAGGGCCAUCGCUCUCUACAUCACCUGGAUCCGACUUUCUGACGUCACCAGCCCACCGUUCGGUAGCAAUGUCGCGUCAUUUUUCACGGACAUCCUCACGAACAUCUCAGAGUUCUCUGCAGAGUCCAUGUAAAAGUACCGGGUCCUCGCCGCCUAAAACCGGUAGUUCAAACUCGCUCAACAAAUUUCACAAUCGACUGGUCGACAAGCUUAAAAGGUCACUGAAGAAAGCUGACGACAGUUCCGAAGACCAGCGUAAUUUGUCGUGAAACAGCCAAGGGGUUUUGGGCCGACCGCCAUUAUGCGCCAGCAGCUCAAACCCUAUAGAGAUAACAACGAGACGCAUUUCGACACCCCUGAUUUCAAGGAACUCCCUUGUAGUCGAUGACGAUAAGGUGGUACGGUCAUGUCCCGAUCGAUCUGCGGCAUGGUGAAUUUAAUUAUACACGACCAUUAGUACUACUAGUACACAACAGCAACAAAAUGUCUGAUCUGAGCACUAACCGGCUCUUCCUGUACACUCGAUGUUAUCACUCUAUAGUUUAAACAUCUGCCGCAUACGUAAUCGUAAUGCUGAUGGUAGAUUGAUCGUGGAAGUACAGCCAACAGUAUUGGCGACAGUAGUGCCACCUUGAUCAUCGCCGCCAUUACUUAUCUGUACUUUUGUGUUAAUCACGAUCGUUAAUUCAAAUAGCCGCAGAUCUAGGCUACGAGACGACUACGGCGACUAUGACUACGACCACUACCAAGUUUAUAUGACCAUUUGAUAUCGGCAAUGGUUUAUCAUUUACUUUUAGUCUUUAUUAUAAAUUUAAUUACCUUUUUCUGUUGACAAACAUCUUUUGUAACAUUAAGUACAUGUAGUAUUUUUAAAACAACCGACUUAAUGCAACGACUAUUUCAAUAAUGACGGCUAUAUAUAUCGGGGUUGUAGAAGUUACUUUUAUUUUUAUUUAUAAAACUCAUGUUUUUCACGUUACUAUAAUAAAAUAUUGACGCAAACAUGUGGAGACUAGUCGAUUCAAGGUUAGUGUUAUCUGUAAUAAUGUCGCGAUAUUAUUAUUAUUAUUAUUAUUAUUAUUAUUAUUAUUAUUAUUACUAUUAUUAUUAUUAUUAUUAUUAUUGUAAUUUUUUUAUAUUUCUUCCACACGCGAGCAAUCACAGAGUUCUGAUGCUUUAUUGGUUUCUGCUCCCAAUACUUUCCUCACUGCGGAAAAGACAAUCGAUUUUUUUUUAGACUGGGGUGAAACGGAGUACAGAUAAAUUAUUAUUCUUAAUUUUUAAAAUUAAAAGUUACAUUUUUGAAUUUAAAUUUCCGAAUUUUCUUUACUUUGCUAACUGUAGAUAUUUUAUUUUGAAAUUUACUAGUCAUCUCAUUUGGAUUAUCAAUAAAUACAGUAACGAUACAUCGUAAUUAAUUAUAAUUAACUUGAACGUAAAAUUUUGGCGUUUAAUUGAAAUGCUCGCAAUUAAAUAAAUUAGCUCCGAAAUUAAUUUAGUAUCAAUUACGUGAAUUCGUUAGGAAAUUAACGCGGAUCAAUAUUAAUUAGAGGUAAUUUUAGACGAAUAUUCGAAAUUAGAACCGAUUUUAUUUUAAUAUCUUUUGCGCUCUUCUGAUAUUGAUAAAAAAAAACUAGAACUCCAAUUUGGAAUUUCAAUACUCGGUUUAAAAAAAUUAUUCCAUCUCGCCCCAGUCCGAAGUAGAAAAAAAAUGUCAAUUUGGAUUGAAAUAUUUUUAUUUUAAAUACUAAAGAGUUUUUAUAGUCAAAAUUAAUUUAUUGUUAUCCUAUUCAAAAAUUUAUGAAUUUUUAAAUUUAUUCAAAUUUUAAAAAGUUUACAAUGAAAAUAUUAUCCAAAAAUAGAUCAACCUCUCAACUUUUUUCUUUGGGUAAAAAUAAAAAUUAUGACUUACAUCAUUACAAUCAAUGACGUGAUACUAAGGAAUUUAUGUAAACGCAUAAAAAAGUAUUUUAAAAAAUAAAUUUUUGAGUAGAGAUACACGACUUAAGUUUCUUAAUAUAGAACUGUCAGGCUGUAAUAUAUUUAAUAAAUUUUUUUUUAUUUUUUUAUAUAACUCUACAAUGACGUCUUUUCCUAGUUGGUAAUAUAUAUUUAUAUAUAUAUAAUAAAUUAAAAUUAUAUUAUCUGUACAAAUUAAAUUUAUUAAUUGUAAUGAAGAAAUUUAUGACGGAAGGUUUAAGGGAGCGAUUUAUAUAAUAGUAUAAAAAAAAUAAAAAAAUAAUAUACAUUUUGUGUAUUAUAUUUUAUCGUUAUACGAUAUUGAUUAUCAAUAUUUUUUAGACGGCUUUCGCGAUAAGAGAAAACGGAAUAUAAAUAAUAAUUAAUAAUAACGUGUUAUUAAAAUUAUAUUUUGAUAUAUUGAAGUUUAUAAAUAAAUUAUUUUCUUUAAAUAAAUUAUAAACGGGUAUUCCGUGUUUCGUUUCACUAAAUUAUUUAAUCGCUUGUAAAUUAUCGAUUACUAACAACGAUGGUUAUUUAAUUGUACCAAUAGUUUUUUUUAAUUUAAAAAAUUAACUGUUUCAAAUAAUUAAUUUUUCACGAAAAACUGCUUAGGUCCGAAUCGGAUAAUUUGAAAAUUUAAAAACAGUUAGAGUUUUUAAAAAAUUAAAAUUACAGUCGAAUUUCAUUAACUCGGACAGUUAAUCGACAGAGGAAUGGAGAUUUCUUAUAAUUUCCUAGUUAACGGAUCCCCUUUCUCUUUUAAAAAGUUAACUAUGGCGCAUGCGCUCUUACAUCUACAUGUUUGAUGCGAAUAUAAAUGUAUGACACAUACAAAUGUAUAGCAUCAAGUGGGAGCUCGUAGUGGGAGCCGAGAUUGAGGGGAAGUUCCGAGUUAAUGGACUUCGGCUUCAUUUUAUUCGAACUUUGAAUCGAAUAAUAUUCGAUUUGAUUAAAUUCAAAAAUAUUAUCGAUAGUGAAAAUUAAUAAUUUAUCAAAAUUACACCGGUCAGAUAAAAAUGAAAUAAUUUAAACAAUAAUAGUAUUAAAUUUUAAUUUUUUAUGGUAAAAAUGAAACGUCAGGCUCAGCCUUGAAGUAAAUAAACACAAAAAAUAAAUUAUUUGAAUCAGUUAAUUUAAUAUUUAUUUUCAUCACGGUUUGACCGGGAACAAUUAAAAAGUAUGAUCUAUAUAUAUUGUAUGUACCGUAUGUAACUCUGUGAUACAGUAUGCUGUAAGAAUAGAUUUAUUUUGCAAAGAUGAAAGUGAUGGGAGAAAGUAAAAUUAAUUGAUAUUUAAUAAAUAAACAAAUAAAUAAAAAUAAAGUUUAAAAAUUUUUUUUUAUUCAUCGGCAAGCCCGAUAGUGAGAGUCGAUCUCUCAUUUAGUUUUCUUAAUUGUUCUAAUUAAUAAUAAUAAAGUCGUCUCGAAAGAAAAAUAAAACGUGAGUUUAUUGUACGCCGUAAUAACCCUAAGACUAUUAAUUGUAACUUACAUUAGUAAUCAGAUGAUUAAAUAUUAGCCUGCGAGUAAAUAAUAAAAAUACACAUGGAGAAAUUUUUCUUGUUUGAAAUGAUAUAGUGACGUAGUAAAAACGGACAUGGUUGGCCACCAACGGAAAUUGAAGUAAACACACGCGAACAUUACUAUGGUCAGAGGAAAAUUUACAAAGGUCAGUCAUAUGGGGCAAGUGUGCGCAAGUACAUUCAUUUUGAAGUAAAUGCAUGAGCUUGCGCACACUUUCCCCACAUGACUACAGUAAUUUCUGACAUAAUCAUCAAUUUUACUACACGGAAAGAAAAUUAUGGGAAGUUUUGCUAUGCAUUAUGGGAAUGGUUCCCAUAAUGGUAUGGGAAUAGUACCUAUACUACUAUAGGGAUGGUUCCCAUAUAUUAUGGGAACCAUUCCCAUAAUAGUAUGAGAAUAGUUCCCAUACCAUUAUGGGAAUGGUUCCCAUAAUGAUAUGGGAAUCAUUCCCAUAUUAUUAUGGGAAUGGUUCCCAUAUUGGUAUAGGAACUAUUCCUAUAAUAUUAUGGGAACUAUUCCCAUAAUGUUAUGGGAACCAUCCCUAUAAUAUCAUAAAAUUUUUUUUUGCACAAUAGUGUAGAAAUUUCCCAAAAUUUGAAUUUUCUUGAAUGUUUUGUGCUGACAAAAAAUUCUUGUUAAAAAUUUUAAUGUUUUUUUGCCAAAUACGAUUUUUUUUUCAAUGUUUGAAUUUUUGUUUUUAUGUUUAAUAAUAUUUCUGUGUAUUGUAGAAGUUAUUACCACACUUCUUUAAAAUAAUUUUUUCAUGAUAAUAUGGGAACCAUUCCCAUAAUAUUAUAGGAAUGGUUCCUAUAAUAGUAUGGGAACUAUUCCCAUAAUAUUAUGGGAAUGAUUCCCAUAAUGGUAUAGGAACCAUUCCAAUUGCAUUAUGGGAAUCAUUCCCAUAAUAUUAUGGAAAUAGUUCCCAUACUAUUAUAGGAACGAUUCCCAUAAUAUUAUGGGAAUGGUUCCUAUAAUUUAUGGGAAAGGUAUAAAUUAUAGGAACCAUUUCCAUAAAUUAUAGGAAUGAUUCCCAUAAUAUUAUAGAAAGUAUUCCUAUAAAUUAUAGGAACCAUUCCUAUAAUUAUAGGAAUCAUUCCUAUAGUGUUAUGGGUAUCAUUCCCAUAAUUAUAGGAACUAUUCCUAUAAUUAUGGGAAACAUUCCUAUAAUUAUAGGAACCGCUCCCAUAAUUUAUGGUCGUAAUUCCUAUGAUGGUAUAGGAAAAAAUUUCACAAAAUUAUGGGAACCGCUGCCAUAAUUUUCUUUCCGUGUAUGGCCAUAGUAAUUUUUCUAUACGUUCAUUUCAAUUUCCGUAAGAUGGGCAACAUGGGCCGGCCCAGCAUCUCAAACAUGAAUAAUUUUUCCGUGCACAAAAAGUCGCCUAUACAAAUUGCAUUUGGUGUACGAGUUUAAAAAUAAAUAAUCUGAGUAAAUGAAUGCGUGGGUGUGUAAUGUAAUGAGUGAUAAAAAUAAACAUAUAAAAUAUAAAAUUUUUUAUUGGUAAAUAAUAUAGUAUACAUGUACAAUGUAUAAUUAUUUAAUACUGUAAUAAAAAAAUGUGAAUAAGUAAAGAGUUGCCGCUUUACGUAAGACUGCUUUAAUGAGAGAUGAUGAUUACAAUAAUUUAAGAUCGUUAUUUACUGGUGCUGGUUUUUACGGAUAAAUAGUUUAGAUUAAACAUUAAGUUUUAUGUAAUUAGUAUAUUAUUAUUUUCACUUGAUGUUUAAUUUAUUUAUUCGUGGAUGCCUUAUGACCUGAACUGAUUAGACUGUGAAUUAGAUAUUUAAUAUAUUAAUUACUGAUUCAUGGAUAUGGAAGCGUUAAUUAUACAUUAUUGGUGUAGUGAGAUAACGAUCUAUUUAUUGCUGCGAUCUUGAGCCUGGUAAUAAGAUAAUGCAUUUUUUUUAUUUCAAAUUAUAAUUAUUUUUCUUGGCUUCAAAUUUUUUUUUUCUUAAUUGAUUUAAUUAUUUAUUACCCGGCACAAGUUCGCGACGUUACAAAAAUUAAUAAUUUAUUCAGAGAUCGCAAUAUAUAUAUGAACAUAUAUAUAUUGUAUUAUUGUAAUUAUUAGUAAUAGUUUGGGAUUUUUGGAGCGGAUUUUUUUACACACGGAUAAGAUUAAAUUAGAACAGUUUUAUUUAUUUAUCAUAAUUUAAACUUUUAAAAAAUGAUUUUUAAUAUUUUUGAGACUGACGUCAAAAUUUGAAUUCAUUGCUGUUAGACGUCACAAAAAAUUAUUCUUCUACUGACGUAUUUUUUUUUGUUAUCAAAAUGAAUUUUACUGUUUAUAUAUUUUACCUUAUCCAUGAUUAAACAUCACUGCCAAAAAAACCCAGUUAAUUAUUAAAUAGAUAAAUUUAAGAUGUGGAAAAAAUUUUUUUAUAUAUAUGUAAAAAAAAAUUUUUUUUACCUUCGCGCCAAUUAUUUUUAUUAUGUAAUUUCAUACAGUGUUUUUUUAAAAUAUAUAUCAUUAUUUAUUAUUAAUAGUAUAGCGUUUUUCAUCCCUCGCAACCUUGGAUUUUAUUGUUUAAUUAUUUAACGUCAGAGUAUCAUUAAAUGUUAUGGUUAUUUUAUUAUUUAAUUAGUGUGCGAUUUAUUGUAAUUAAUUUAAAUUUAACAUACUCAGGGUAAUGCGAGGUGGUAGUUACACAUUCCAGUGUAUUCGUAUUAUAAAUUCAUAAUUUAAACAAUUUGAUAUGUAUAUUAUUAAAUUAUAGUUGGGAAAUAAUUGUAAUUGUAUUGGCGAAAUAUAAUAAUUGAAGCAAUGAAAAUAUUAUUUUAAAACAAACCAUAAUAAAUCUGUUUUAAAUGCUUAAAUUAUAAAAUUAAUAUAAAUUAUUAAAUUAUAAUGUAUCGCGAUUUUUAUGUCAUGUUCAAUAAAGUUUAAAAUACAUACCUA